AUGAAGCUAGCAUGCUUCUGGAUUUUAUUGUUGGAAGCAGUCUUGGCAAAUGAAGAUUCAGAACUUUAUUGCGAGGAUUAUUUUGAAAACGAAGCUUACCCGCCGCCUUCCAAUCUCACCGUUUUUGCUCAACAAUUGCAGGACCCAAAAAGUAGCGAGAAUCGCUAUCGCUGGCCUUGGCUAGUCAGUCUUGGUGGUCGUUGCGUCGGGUCGCUCCUCGGUCCGCGUUUUGUUCUGACGGCCGCUCAUUGCUGCCAUAAUCCGGUCGGACACGAGUACGAUAUUUGCCUCUUGCGUCUCGCCCAGCCCGCUGAGAUAUCCAUUUCGUCGUAUCCAAUUUGCCUGGUUCACCGGAAAUCAACGAUUAUCAAAGAAAACAGCCUGGGCGCGUCUGCUGGUUGGGGAGAUUUGAGCCAGUUCGGAACGCCUUCGAAAAAGAUCAUCGAUGAUCCGCUAAGAAUACAGCCUGUUGAGACUUGUCAGCGAGGAUUCCACUUUUUUGAUCCGGAGAAAACGUUUUGCACUGGUCAAAUGAUGAGGAGUGGCAAAAGACCAACUUGCACUGGAAGCGGCGGAUCGCCAUUUGUCAUGUGGAACAAGAACAAACCGGUCAUCGCUGGAUUAACUUCACUUGGGCUCGGUUGCGACAUGGGUCGGCCACUUGGUCUUCAGACACAGAUUCAACCCUUUGUUGGCUGGCUCGUGAAUAAGGCGAUUGAUAUGGGCGCGCAAAUGACAUCCGGCAAGAUGAGGAGCAUGGCGAGGAAGAUAAAUCUCAAAAGCGCGAAUAGCAUCGAUGAAUCUCCUCGAGCUCAACGCAGAGCUCUGAAAGCACAGCGCCGCGCCAUGAAAAUGGUCGAAAGAAGAAAAGAACUCGAGAAACGCGAAAUGCUCGCUGACCGAUUCAAAGAACGAAUGCUCCGGCGGAAGAAAGCAUUUCUGCCGAAAGAUAUUCGAAGAUUUGUGAAGCUUUCUUUGCAAGAAAAGAUAUCUUCGAAAGAGUUUUUGAGACCAAAUCAAAUUGAAAAAAUGCGGAGCAUUGACUUAGACGCAGAUGAAGAAAACAUCUGCUCUCCGCAAGGUCUCUCCUCUGUAUAUACAGACAUUGAAGCAAUCAAGUGCAGCCACAAACGAGGGAGCUUGCAUUGCUCAUUCGAAUGCCUCAUCCCUGGGUAUGUGCCUACCGCCAAACUGACCUGCAAAGACAACGUGUGGAAGGAAACAUUCACGACAGAUACAAACACUAUCUGUGGAAGCCCUGAACUUUGA